AUGACAAUAUUCAUGGGAAAGUUUAAACUUGCUGGGCACUUUCUUAUGCUCUCACUCCAACAAACACUGCGCUGCAAGGAACAAAGAUUUGUUGAAGAAACAGUGCGAUUGAUCAGUAAUGGAAAGGUCGGAAAGAAAUCUGACCUCGUCCAGGCAAGAAGCUGGGUAGGAGCACUUAAUGUGACAGGCUUACCUUCAAAUCAAUUUAUUUUGCGUUACGAUCGAGCUAGCGGGCCAGGAGGCCAAAACGUUAAUAAGGUAAAUAGUAAAUGUACUUUAACACUUCCCGGUUUAUCAAACUGCACUUGGAUCCCUCAGGAAGUGAGAAACAUCUUACGCAGCGGUAAGUUUCGAUACUACGCUAAAAGCAGCGAUUCUAUAGUAAUUCAAUCUGAUGAAACCAGAUCAAGGGAAACCAACAAAUUAAAGUGCGUUAAGAAGUUGGUUCAAGAAAUUCAGCAAACGUGCCAAUUUCCUAAUGAAACCACUGCUGAGACCGCAAAAAAAUGGACUAAAAUAAAAGAGAAAGCCAACAAAGAGCGACUUCUUGAGAAGAAAGUGCAUAGCGAUAAAAAGAAGAAUAGAGGCAGAAUUACAUCCAAUUACUAA